CGGGGCGGCGGGGCGUCUCGCGCGGGAGGCGGCGGCGGCGGUGCCGCGGCGUCCUCACCUGGGGCGCGAGCGGCGCCCCCUCCCCCCUUUCUAACCCUCUCCCCCUCCCCCUCCUCCCCGCCGCUGGCCGUUACCUCCCGCCAUCUCGUCCCGUCUGCGCGGGCGCGCUCGCCCAAAAUGGCGAGCAAGGAAGCGCUGGAGGACACGGUGGAGGAGCGCGUCAUCAGCGAGGAGUACAAGAUCUGGAAGAAGAACACCCCCUUCUUGUACGACCUGGUGAUGACACACGCCCUGGAGUGGCCCAGCCUCACUGUCCAGUGGUUGCCUGAUGUGACCAGGCCAGAAGGAAAGGAUUAUACUCUACACUGGCUGGUUUUGGGAACUCACACCUCUGAUGAGCAGAACCACCUGGUUGUUGCAAGAGUCCAGAUUCCCAAUGAUGAUCAAUUUGAUGCUUCUCAGUAUGACAGUGAGAAAGGAGAGUUUGGUGGCUUUGGCUCUGUGACUGGCAAAAUUGAAACAGAGAUUAAAAUUAACCAUGAAGGCGAAGUAAAUCGGGCUCGUUACAUGCCUCAGAAUCCCUCCAUCAUUGCUACAAAAACACCAUCUGCUGAUGUGUUGGUAUUUGACUACACCAAACAUCCUUCAAAACCAGACAUGAGUGGAGAGUGCAAUCCUGACCUUAGAUUAAGAGGGCACCAAAAAGAAGGAUAUGGCUUAUCAUGGAACUCCAAUUUGAGUGGACAUCUUUUGAGUGCAUCAGAUGAUCAUACUGUCUGUUUAUGGGAUGUAAGUGCAGGACCAAAAGAAGGCAAAAUUGUUGAUGCAAAAGCAAUCUUUACUGGGCACUCUUCAGUUGUAGAAGAUGUGGCAUGGCAUCUCCUCCAUGAAUCUCUGUUUGGAUCGGUGGCUGAUGAUCAGAAGCUAAUGAUUUGGGACACAAGAUCUAAUACUACAUCCAAGCCAAGUCACUGUGUAGAUGCCCACACAGCUGAGGUCAACUGUCUCUCCUUCAAUCCUUACAGCGAGUUUAUUCUAGCAACUGGUUCUGCUGACAAGACUGUGGCUUUGUGGGAUCUUCGAAACUUAAAAUUGAAACUUCAUUCUUUCGAGUCUCAUAAGGAUGAAAUUUUUCAGGUUCACUGGUCCCCUCAUAAUGAAACAAUUCUCGCUUCAAGUGGUACUGAUCGUCGGCUUAAUGUAUGGGAUCUAAGUAAAAUUGGAGAAGAGCAGUCUGCAGAAGAUGCAGAAGAUGGGCCUCCUGAACUCUUGUUUAUUCAUGGAGGACACACUGCCAAAAUUUCUGACUUCAGCUGGAAUCCUAAUGAGCCUUGGGUAAUCUGUUCUGUAUCAGAGGACAACAUAAUGCAAAUAUGGCAAAUGGCAGAAAAUAUUUACAAUGAUGAAGAACCGGAUAUAGCGGCAGCGGAACUGGAAGGUCAAGGAACAUAACUUUUCUUGCUUAAGAAGAUACUGGGUGUGGCAUAGUAAUAUAAUUUGACUACUAUAUACAUUAAGAAUAUUCUUGUUUGGAUGUAAUGCUUUUACCCAAUGCUUGAUUUUUGUCAGGCACAAAAAGCUUGUAUAGUCAAGUUGUAAUGGGAUAUCCUUGGUUACUUGGGCACUCUGAGCUAUUGUAUAUUGUACAGCAUUUAGCUUUUAGGGAAGAUGAGAAUGACUGAAUACCUAUGUCUAUAUUUUUAAACAGACUUAAUAGCUUCCUGUAAAUAAGACAGUUAACUCCUCACUCUUCCCACAGUGAAGUUUCAAAUAAGUUUUUAUCACUAUGUAAAAAGAGCUUUUCACUUUUACACAACGCUUUCUAAUUGGCUUUGCAUAAAUAAAAUUUAUUAAAUGUUUGUGUUUAACUGUUGUCUGUUGACAUAAGGUGAAUACCUUUUUGCUUGAAUAUAAAAUCUCAGAGUCAAAAGGAGUCUAAUUUAAAGGAGCUUACUUAACUUCUGUAGAUAAUAAUGUUAUGUAAUUCUGAGCAUGUAUCAGACUACAUAAUUAAGUCUGGAGAGAGAAGAAUUGUUUUGUUGAUAUGAAAAUAUAGGGAAAACAGACAUUGUAUUCUUCACAAGCAGAAAAUAGCUGUCUAGUAUAGAAAACUGUUUAGGGAACACCGAAGAAUGACCAGUCAGACUCCUUUAGACUUCAAGAAUUAAAUCUUGAAAAAACUCAGAUGGCUGCUUCUUGUGGAGUGGUUGUGGAAGCACCGUCUUCUAACCUCUUUCUUAUUUUAUUUGCUAUCAUGGCAGUGUGCUCUCAAUUAAUUGAUAUCACCUCUUUUUAAAGAUUGUUUUGUACUUUCCUUUCAUUAAAAUGAAAGGCAGUUGUCUAAAACACAUUAAUAUCUAAACAGAUAUAAGCCUGAAAGCAGACUGGAGGACAUGGACCCUCUAGAAUUAAUAGAGCUUCAUAUCUACUGUGGUUUUAGAGGCAAAUUAACAGUCAUUUCUGGAAUUUUCAUUCUAGCUGAUUCUCAGUCUGAGUUCAAAUCAAAGCUUUUAGUUAAGAGAGGUCUCAAGAUUAAACAAAUCAUUAGCUGUAUCGCUCUUUCUGCUUAUUCUGGAAGACAUUCAAAGGUUUGGUUGGCUGAUACUGAAAAUGCAAUUUUUGAUUGUGAAAAUGUCAUUUUCUUUGAUGUGUAGCUUACCAUUGUCUUGAAUUUGAACAAGUUAGUGGGCUACAGAACUCACGUUGCAUAUCUCAAACUACUGUUAGCUAAUGGAAAGCUGCUAUUUGGGGUAAAUGUUAACAUUUUUAAGGGUGAGAUUUGAAUGGAUAGGUAUUUUGAUUUAAUUCCUCUUAUGUGUGGAAAAUACUUAUUUUGGACACUCCAUGAGUCUUCUAAACUAGCUUAAAUAUUACGAGAAUGAGAUGUAAGGGCUGAUGCUUGGGAGCAGGAUAGGAAGGAAUAAAGGAUUAAUUUGAAAAAAAUGAGCUAAUUGCAUUUGCAUGAGAUAAUUAGAUACUACUACUGUAACAAUAAGAGUAGACAAACUAUGUCUAUAAUGCCAUGUCACAGUAUGUACAAUGGAGAUACCGAUGUUACCAUAGAAUCGGUAAGGUUGGAAGGGACCUCUGAAGCUCAUCUAGUCCAACCCCCGAACAAGUGGCCCAUAAGGGGAUCAAACCUGCAACCUUUGCAUUUAUUAGCACCAUGCUCUAACCAGCUGAGCUAAACCUAACCCCAAAUGUUGUUUAGUUAAACAUUGCUUACUGGUUAGCUAAAGCUAGCUCUUUCCAGGAUGAAUGCAGCAGGUGUUGGCUGGAACAUGACUAUAGGCAUCUGGGGGACAGCAUUUUCUUCUCAGGGAAGUGUUCUUCACCAUGUCAGUAAAAGGACUAGCUCCCUUCCACCAUGCAGCCUCCUGGGCGUAUCUUCUGGUCACUGACUACAGCCAGUUAUCCCUGUGCUGAUGCUGUGAGGGAAUGGAAGUAAAGUGGAAUGAAUGUGUUGCUACCUUCUUUUUAUUAUUUGACUAAUGGUCAUUCAACUAACACAGUCAAAGAUCAAGUGUUAGAAAAUCGUUGGCAAGACAGAAGUACCAACUAUUUCUUGCCCCAGAAGUGAUGCUAUGCUUACCACUCAACAGUAUGUAAGGGGCGCUUUUUUUUCUGGACGUGAAUUUAAUUUGCAAAUGACUACAAAUAAUAAUCAUUCAUUAAACAUACUUAAUUCAAAGACA